AUGCCGACCUACCGGAGCAUCAACAUCGCGCUGCACUCGCAAUUCGACGUCGAGACCUUACCAGAGUACUUCCCUCUACCACAGAAGAAUUACCCCGACACGCACAGAGUUCCAAAGCUCAUCGACGAGACAACCUCCACAUGUAGUGUCUACAUUCCCGUCUUGCCCGGCAGCCUCUUCUGGAUAGGCUACUCCGUCUCACCGCCCGUACCCGUUGGCCAAUACUUCCUCUUCAAGCUCUACAUUAAUGGCGCGCACAUUGUGAGCUGGUCUACUGGUGAAGAGGAGGAAUGGAAGGGAAAGACUAUGUUUGGGUUGUAUGAGCGGCCAGAAGAUGAGGAUGGUAGGCAGAGGCUGGAGAAGAGGGCUUUGAGGUUCACAGCGAUGAAGGACAAGAAGAAGUGGGACGAUGUGGAGGAUGUGUUUGAUGAGAAGAUGUGUCUUGAGAUCCGAGUGCUUCGGGCGCAUGGAAGGAAGAGGAUUGAGAGGGAGGUGGAGUCUUACGAGAAGACGGAACAUGCGGGAAAGGGAAAGGGCAUCGGCCUCAUCAACGCCGGGCGCGCCAGCUCAGAGCAGCCGAAGCGGUUCUAUAAGUUCGCACUUACGGAUCCCAUCGAUCAGCCGUUUGCUACGUUCAAGUACUUCUACCGCACAUGGGAACAGCUGCACCAUCUGGGCCUGCUGGCCGAGGAUGCAUUGGAUGAGAACGACAUGCCCAUUAUUGAGCCAUACGAUGCCGAUGGCAGCCAGCGUUCUCUUUCAACGGCGAGAAAUGUCAGCCGUGCUUCGACCCGCGGUGAUGACAUCUUCUUCGAGUGCGGCGAUAGCGCUGCUGCUACAGAAGGCCAAGCUGCGUCGUCAGUUUCGGGGCCAGCACAAUGUGUGAGCGGUUCCCUAGAGCAACCGCGCGCCUACAUUCCACGUGGUGCACCCAGCGAGAAAGCGUCAGAAGAGACGUUGAGGACAGGCCGGCAGUCACGACAGCGUCACAGCGGGGGCGUAGGCACUGCACCACAGUCCUACCGCCUCUCCAUGCCACCAUCUAUCAAGCUCGUCCCAACUCAGCAGAGCAAUAAAGUCCUGCCCACGAUUCCAAAGAAGGAUGAUGCUAGGUCAUCUACGGCUUAUAGUCCACACCCAGCAUAUCCGGUAGACGAGUGGAGGCUGCGCACCCCCAGUCCAGUCAAGUCUGUUCGUGAGGGAAUCUCAACACCGCCGAUGGCUAAGUCACGAGCCUCCUCUUUGUUCAGCGCAUUCACUUCUUCAUGGAAGCGUCGUCGUUCCCCAAGCGCAGGGGGUCAGGCGAAGUCAAACAACGUCGGUGGUAGUCGGAGUGUUUCCCAUUGA